AUGUUUUAUAUUAGAGAUCCACAUCGUGAUCCAACGCUGAAAGUAAACGCAAUUCUUGUAACAUAUGCUCUAGAAAUGUUAAAUACAACAACUUUUAACAUAUAUCAAUCGACUUAUGGAUUCAAACUAACCAACUCUAAUAUAUAUAAUGGUGUGGUUGGGGAUCUCCAAACGGGCAGAGCGGAAAUCUCAGGAAACGUUCUAUUCAUGUAUGUCGAUAGAAUAGACGUAGUGGAUUACAUUAUAUAUUGUUGUCACUCUUGCUUAAGAUUUAUCUAUAAAGCUCCACCACUAUCUUACGUAUCCAAUUUGUUUAAACUGCCAUUCACUUCAGAUGUAUGGUACAGUUGUAUUGGAUUAAUCGUAAUUAUAUCCAUUACAGCUUACAUUAUAGCAACAUGGGAAGUCACUAAUCCAGUUUUCAAAGAUAGUGAACAACACAACAAUAUUGCAAAACUACAGCCAGCAUGGUUUGACAUCAUAAUGAUGCAAUUAGGGGCCAUAACCCAACAAGGCGCUGAAGCUGAACCCAAAAGUAGUUCUGGAAGGAUGGUGUUUGUUGUUACUUUUAUUUCUAUUUUGUUCUUGUACACUGCGUACACAGCGAAUAUUGUAGCUCUAUUACAAAGCACAUCAGACGUAAUCAAGAAUUCAGAAGACUUGGUAAACUCUGGAAUUGGACUGGGAAUUAGGAAUAUUACGUUUGUUCUGAGACUUUUAGCGGUAAUCCUUGAAGACGAUCCACGUCAAGGACGGCCAAAAACAGCAACAACACCAGAAAUCGUAGAAAAAACACAGGAUAUGGUAUUGGAAACUCAUCGAGUAACUGAAAGUGAAUUAGUAGAAUCCCUAGGCAUCUCAUUGGGCAGUACAUCUACCGAGCCAAUCACAAAAGCUGUAUACCAAAAAGUGUCGGAAAAAGGUCGAAGGUCUAAUAUAGUAGAACUCGAAGAAGGAAUGGAGAGAGUAAGGAAAGAAUUUUUUGCUUUUCAAACUGAUCCAUCUGUGGCGUACGGUAUUGUUAAAAAAACUUACCAAGAAAGCGAAAAAUGUGACUUAAGACAAGUCCGUCUUCUUCAAACUGGAACGCCGCAUAUUACAAUGCGGAAACACUCACCUUACAAAGAAAUCGUUAAAGUGGGACUUACAAAAUUAUUGUCAUCCGGUAUUCAACAACGGUUGGUGGCUCGUGUGUAUAAUAGAAAACCGCAAUGCAAAGGAAAAGGUGGUACUUUUGCAAGUGCAGCUAUCAUGGAUUGUUACGCAGCUUAUCUUAUUUUUGGCAUUGGACUAGCUACGGCCAGUAUAAUAUUGUUGGUAGAAAUCUAUUUCCAUAUGAAGCUGAAAAUGUGUCAUAACAGAUGGAAACAUGUGUUGGUUAAUAAAAUUAGUAUUAAAACAUUACUCAACAAGUAUAAUUGAUAUUUUUGAGGAUAGAUAGUUUUACACUUUUCACUACAGUUAGUUGCUUGUUUGUAACAGAAUCAAUCUCACAUUAAUAAACACAAUUUCAAUCCAUUCUCUAAUUUUACUUUGCAUCUAACUGGUGAACUUCUGUUUGCCAUAAUUAUGGGAAAGAAACCACUUAAACCUGACUGAACAAUAUUUUUCUACAGCUUACCUACUGUAUAUUGAAGAAAAUCAUUAAAAAAAGGUAUUCACUAAACAAUUAUCUAAGAUCAGUUAAUAAAUUCCGUUACACCCGUAAUGUGGUAAGUUGAAAAUCACAUUGGCAA